CAAAUAUCUCGUUACCGCUCCUUAGGAUCCCAGUCCAUUCGGAUUUCCAAUUGUCGAGCGCGAUUAAGUUGAACCCGGAGGCAAGCCGCGGGCUCUUCCCGCCCUAGUCAGGUUGUUCCAUCGCAAGUGCAAUCCCAGAUUUGCGGCAUCGCGCGUGAAACCGAGGCUGCCUUGCCACAUGUUCAUAGCUUUAUCAAUUGUCACCGCGGAAUCGCAUUUAACUUCACGUUCUGCUCGUUGAUGCUGUAUCAGGCGCGCAUACGUUUGUCAAUACGAUCCAAUCUAAAUAGUUGAUCCAUUGUAAGGAUGAACGGCACCUCCAAUAAAAUGGAGAGCAACUACUUCGAUGUCUUGAUCAUCGGAGCUGGAGUAUCUGGAAUCAACUCCGCAUAUCGAGUACAAUCGGAAGUACCUGGGGCAACCUACACGAUCCUCGAGACGCGCGAGCACCUUGGAGGCACCUGGGAUUUCUGGAAAUACCCUGGAAUCAGAUCGGAUUCGGACCUACACACCUUCGGAUUCCCAUGGCGGCCAUGGACGGACAGGAAGCCCAUCGCCGAUGGGCCCGAUAUCAUGAAGUACCUCACGGAGACCGCAGGUAUUCACGGCAUCGAUAAGCACAUUCGAUACAAGCAUUUUUUCCAGUCGGCCAAUUGGUCAACAGAGGAGCAAAAGUGGACAGUGACCACCAUUGUUGACGGUGAAGAACGUUACUAUACCGGCAACUUUCUCAUCCUCAGCACGGGCUACUACGACUACAAGGAGCCCCUUCCAGUCGUCAUUCCUGGCAUCGAGAACUUUAAGGGUAAGGUCAUCCACCCGCAAUUCUGGCCCGAAGGUCAGGAUUACUCGAACAAACGCAUCGUGGUCAUCGGCAGCGGUGCGACCGCCGUCACUCUGGUCCCCAACCUGGCGGAAAAGGCCGAACAUGUCACCAUGCUGCAACGAUCGCCGACAUAUCUCUUCAGCAUCCCGAAUAGGAAAUGGAGCUUGUCCCAUAUGAUCCUUCCGAAAUGGCUGGCCUCUCGAUUCGACCGCCUCUGGUUCCUGACCGUGCCGUUCCUAUUCUUCCGCUUCUGCCGAGCCUACCCUACCGUCGCCCGCUCCAUCCUACGGCUCUUGACAACCCGCCAGCUGCCAAAGUCCGUUCCCCACGACCCGCAUUUUGUACCCAAAUACAACCCUUGGGAGCAAAGACUGUGCGCCUGUCCAGAUGGAGACUUCUUCAAAGCCUUGCGGCGAGGCAAAGCGAGCGUAGCGACGGGAGUCAUCAAGUCCGUCACCGAGACCGGCAUCACACUCGAAAGCGGCCAGGAGCUUCCAUGCGACAUGAUCGUGACCGCCACCGGCCUGAAGAUCCAACUCGCCGGCGGUGCGGAUCUCCGAGUCGACGGCGCAUCCUUCCAGGUGUCCGAGAAGUUCAUGUGGAAGGGCAUGAUGCUGCAGGAUCUCCCCAACGCCGCGUUCGUCAUCGGCUACACCAACGCGUCCUGGACUCUCGGCGCCGAUACGACGGCCCAAGUGAUCGUGCGGCUGCUCAACCGGAUGAAGAAAGACGGCGCCACGAGCGUCGUUCCGCGGGUGCCGCAUCCUGAGAAGAUGACCCAGACACCGGUGCUGAACUUGAAUAGCACGUACGUGGUGCGGGCGAUGGAGCGGUUGCCGAAAGUGGGGAACAGCGGCCCGUGGAAACCGAGGGAGAAUUACUUUGUGGACUAUUGGAAUUCGCGGUACGGAAGCGUGUAUGACGGGUUGGAAUACGUAAAGCCGGUCACGGCCCAGUUGUAGGGUUGGUCGGGUUGACGAAGGCGUUUUGGGUCGGUUGCUCUGUUGAUACACAACUUCUGUUUUAGAUACUGUAGAUUAUUAGGUACCAAGUUUGUAGCGGUGGCUAUCAUGAAGCAGACUAUAUAUAUAUGGCAUUGUAUCUACGGUGGGAUCGUCGGACA